AUGGGCCUCAUUAUAUCUCUUAUCACCCAGGAACAAAUUCGUGGCCAGGGCCACGCGGCCGAGGUGCACGCCAAGGGACUACAAAGGAUGGUGGAGUUGCGGGGAGGUCUCAAUCAACUCAGCGGGAAUCUCACUCUCGUCUUGAGAGUCUGCAAGUAA